AAACAAAAGGCGAAAGCGAGCCAAAAACAGAGAAAAAAAAAAGCAGAACACAAAAUUUCCAAAACUUAGUCGAAAAGCCUCGAGCUCGGUGAAACGUUCGGUAUCUUAUCCGUUCGACUUGCUCUGGUAAACUCUCGGAAACACACUCGUUACUGUGUGUUUUCCUGCUGUUUUUGGUCAGUAUUUGCGUUUGAAGCUGCAAUUUGGGAGACUAAUCUAUGGGGACAAUGUUUGGCUCUGUGGAAGACUAUGGAGAGAUGUUUCGAGACACUGCUGCUCAGACUAGAGACCCAUCGCUCUCUUCAGAAAAUUACAUUGGAACUCCUGUUGUCUACAAGCUUGUUCGGGUUGCACAAGAUGGGAGACUAGUUCCUGCAACUGAUGAAGAAAUGUUGGAGGUCAAGGACUUGGUUGAGAACAACGAGAAUGAUAUGCCUAUUGCACCUGAUCCUGGACAGACUGAGGAGUGCAUUUUCGAUGUAGGGUCGCCUUCUCAGUUUCUGCAGCUAGAUAGUUUUGAAGGCUUAUUCCAGCCAGAAACUGUAGAAGCAUAUACAGAAAAUUUGAAUUCUCGACUUGAGUGUAAAGAGGAGUUGGUGUAUGGAUCUGAGAUGCUUUUUACUCUCCCGGAUACCAACUAUCAAAGUUCCAAUGAGUUUCCUUGGAACGAGGAAUUUGUCCAAUCCGAAGUUUUCCUGCAGGAACCAAUUAGUUUUUCAUCAAAUGGAUGCAGUGUAGAUCAAUCUAUUGGUGAUGUCUCAGCAUACUCAAUUGCUACAGGUGGUAGUCCUAAAGCACCUGCAUUGUCAGCAAGUGCCUCAAACACUGGAUUUUCUGGAGAUAGAGACGAGAUAUGCUUGGGCAACCUUUCGAUUAAAGCACUGCAAGAGACAUUCAGAGCCACGUUUGGUCGUGAAACUACUUGCAAGGACAAACUCUGGCUCAAAAGGAAGAUCGAGAUGGGACUGAUUCGUCCACGUGUUAUGCCAACAAAUGAUAACGGACUGAUUAUUGGAGGUCAAGAUAACUGUACUGGUACGGUUGUUGCUGUUAGCAAGGAUACGGUUGAUGAAGGAAGAGCUAAUACCUGCAAGGACACACCAUCUACUCCUGAUUGCACAGAUGAUUUUGAGGAUAGUCUUAUUGAAGCUUCUGUGGACCAUUACUCUGGAAAUGAAGAUUUUGAAGGCGAAUACAGGUCAGCGAAAAGAGUUAGGAAGGCUACAAGGAGAUAUAUCGAAGAGAUUUCAAAACUUGAGGAACAACAGCAAAGUAAAGAGUCACUGAUCCCUUCGAAAGAUGAGAGGUCUAUUAGCACCGUUUCUUCAGGAAGAAGAGUUGUUGUAACCAGGAUGGUAUCUCUGGGUGGUUCCAUAAUUCAGGUUCCCUAUGUUUCUCAUGUGAGGAGAAGCCGCCCCAGGGAAAACAUAAUGGCUCUUGGGGAGUUUCAUUCCGGUUUAUGGGAGGUGAAAGCUACUCCGGAAGAGAGUGACCUGAAUCUAAGCCAAACUCAGUUGAACAAUGACGUGAACCGAGUUUCAGGUGUCAAAUCUGUUUCUGGACCUGUCCAGAAAAAAGUAACUAGUCAUCGUCAGAGCUACGAGGACCAUUCAAAACCUGAGGUGGAUCAAGACACCAUGGAGCCAGAGUACAUGGACUCAUCAGGAGAUAGCUCAGAUGAUAGUACUUAUAGCCACGCUGAUCGACCAAUCAUGCAAAGUGCAAUGAGAAGGAAGCAUCACAGAGCUUGGUCACUCUCUGAGGUUAAGAAACUGGUGGAAGGUGUGUCCCAAUAUGGAGUUGGGAAAUGGUCUGUGAUCAAAAAGCUUACGUUUUCGUCACACUCGUAUCGUACCCCAGUGGAUCUCAAGGACAAAUGGCGAAAUCUACUCAGAGCAAGCUUUUCUCGGACUCCUUUAAACAAAAUGGGGAAACACGGGUCGAUGGCUAUUCCAAGUCAGGUUCUGUCACAGGUAAGAGAGCUUGCUCAGAAGAAAUCACAUGUUUCACCGGCAAGGAAGGCUAGAAUGGUGAGGGCAUCAUCAAGACACGUUGCCGCGGAAAAUCUGAGAUGAUGACAUCUUUUUUACUUUUUUUUGAUUUCAUAGACUUAAUUCUAAGGUAGCUUUUGUGGUCUAACCGGGCCUAUAAACCGGUGGCAUGGAACAGACGAAUAUGAACGGUUUUCUAAUAUAUUGGCUAAUCUGUCCUGUGGUUAACUUGAGAUAAAA